GAAAAGCCCAUUCAUCCCUGCACUUGGGCGUUGGACUCCGCAUCUUAUUAGCAACCGGGGAGAUUUCUCCAUUUUCCCCUUGUCUACAGCGCGCCUACAAAUCUGGGAUUUUUUUUAUAUAUUCCUCCGUCGCUUCUUUUUUUUCGACUCCACUUGGGCUCUCUUUUUUUGGGUGUGAGUGUGUGUGUGUGUUCGACUUUUUCCUCCCCUCCCGAGCCGCUGCUCCGGCUAAAAAUACCUAUCUAUAUAUUUUUUUGAAUCGGGAGCGCCCAGGACCGGUGGUUGGGCAUCGCCUCUUCCAACGCCCCUCGCUCUCCCCCCCCUCCCCCUCUGGUGUGAGUGUGUGUGUGAGUGUGUGUUGUGGCUGCUGGGUUUUUUUUUUUUUGCCGCUGGUCGCCCGGUAUCUCAGACCGACCCGAGCUUCUUUGUUCCUCCGCUUCUGGAUCUGUUGAGUUUUCUUUGUUGAAUUAAGCCAGCAUGGGCGCCCAGUUCUCCAAGACCGCUGCCAAAGGCGAAGCCACCGCCGACAAACCCGGGGAGCCCGCCGUGGCCUCGUCGCCUUCCAAGGCGAACGGACAGGAGAACGGCCACGUGAAGGUGAACGGGGACGCCUCCCCGGCGGCCGCCGAGCCCGCGCCGGGCAAGGAGGAGCCGCAGGCCAACGGCAGCGCCCCGGCCGCCGACCAGGAGGAGCCCAAGGCGGCCGAGCCCGACGAGCCCGGGGCCCCGGACAAGGAGCCCAAGGCGGAGGGGGCGGCCGCCAUCGCGGAGGCCAAGGAGAAGGACAAGGAGAAGGAGCCCGCGGCGGCCUCCCCCGAGGCGGCCGAGCCCGAGCCCGCCUCCCCCGCCCCCGCCGCCGACGGCGAGGCCUCGCCCAAGGCCGAGGACGCGGCCACGCCGUCGUCGAGCGGCGAGACCCCGAAAAAAAAAAAGAAGCGCUUUUCCUUCAAGAAGUCCUUCAAGCUGAGCGGCUUCUCCUUCAAAAAGAACAAGAAGGAGGCGGGCGAAGGCGGCGAGGCCGAGGGGGCCGACGGCGCCAAGGACGAGGCGGCCCCUGAGGCGGCCGACGACGCCCCCGCCCCGGCCAACGCCGCCAACGAGGAGGCCCCCGCCCGCGACCCGGAGCCGGUUGGGGAGGCCCCGGAGGCCCAGCCCGACCAGCCCGGGGCCGCGGCCGAGAAGCCUGAGGAGGCCGAGCCCAACGACGAGCCGCAGCCCGACGAGCCCGCCCCCGAGGCGGCCGCCAUUGCCGCCCAACCGGAAGUGCCGCGAGCCGAAGCCCCCGAGGCCACCACUUCUGCCAACGCCGAAGACGACGACGCCUCCUCAGCGCCAACCGCCGCCGUCCUCCCCUCACAGGAGGACCGGCCCCAGUCCAGUCCAGAAGCCCCUCAGGCUGAGGCGGCGGAAUAAAAAGAAAGAAAAAAAAAUAUGGGGCGGGGGGGGGAGGGGGGGUAAAAAAAGCAAAAUCAGAAACGAGAAUCCCUAAUUUUUCGAGAUAAUCCGAGGACUUUUCUCCCCUUCCCCCUUGUGUGUCUGUCUGUCGGAGUGGUGCCAGGUACUGGUUUUCGGAGAACUCGUCAGCGACCAGAGAUGGAUGAUGUUCAAGAUGUCUUUGGGUUUCCUUUGGGUUUUCCCCCCCAUCCCACCCCCCACAGAUCCCCAUCUCCAAUCAUUCUGUCGACCACCAUUCCAACGGGCCCCGGGGGAGAGAGGCGCCGCCCCCUCCCUCCGCCGCCCGCCUCUUAUUAUUAUUAUUAUUGUUGUUAUUUUUCCUUUUUUUUGCAUCAGUAUUAAUGUUUUUUGCCUACUUUGCAUCUUUAUUCGAAAUGUAAACUUUCUUUGUCAAUCUACGGACGUGCCCAUAUAUGAAGGAGAUGGGUGGGUCGAUUAGGGAGAGCGAACGGAGCGAUCUAAGGGCCGCAGAGGGGGAAUUGGAGUGGUGCGGAGAAUUGCCAAGACACUGUGCCACACAAACACAGAAAACGGUGAUGUUGAGGGGUGCACGCCUUUUUUUUAAAAAAAAAGAGAAAAGUUGUUACGGUGUAUUUUGCCAGGCAGGUGUUCCGUGAGGUUUACAACACUACACAUCUUGACCAAGAAGGAGAGAAUUAAAAACGUAAAAAUCAGUACCCAGAUUUUAAAAAAAAAAGAUCAUAGUCUUAGGAGUUCAUUUAAACCAUAGGAACUUUUCACUUAUCUCAUGUUAGCUGUACCAGUCGGUGAUUAAGUAGAAAUACAAGUUGUAUAGGCUUUAUUGUUUAUUGCUGGUUUAUGACCUUAAUAAAGUGUAAUUAUGUAUUACCAGCGGGGUGUUUUUAACUGUGACUAUUGUAUAAAAACAAAUCUUGAUAUUCAGAAGCACAUGAAGUUUGCAACUCUUUCCACCCUGCCCAUUUUUGUAAAAUUGCAGUCAUCUUGGACCUUUUAAACACAAAUUUUAAACUCAACCAAGCUGUGAUAAGUGGAAUGGUUACUGUUUAUACUGUGGUAUGUUUUUUGAUUACAGCAGACAAUGCUUUCUUUUCCAGUCGUCUUUGAGAAUAAAGGAAAAAAAAAAUCUUCAGAUGCAAUGGUUUUUGUGUAGCAUCUCGUCUAUCAUGUUUUGUAAAUACUGGAGAAGCUUUGACCAAUUUGACUUAGAGAUGGAAUGUAACUUUGCUUACAAAAAUUGCUAUUAAACUCCUGCUUAAGGUGUUCUAAUUUUCUGUGAGCACACUAAAAGCGAAAAAUAAAUGUGAAUAAAAUGUAUAAAUUGGUUGUCU